UGUUAGCCUUAACUGAGUGUCAGUUAAAGGGUUUUGCGUUUCAAUGCGCUUUAGUGCACAGUAUUUGUGGCAAAAGUAUAGCCAAAAAAGGUAAACAAAAAAGUUUUGAAAAACAUUUAUUUAUCUGAGGUGUGGAUCAAUUAUCUGAAGACCUCUUGAGCUGAUGGCCACCGCAAGCGAUGACCACAUCGACAGUCUGUACCUCAAGACUACUGAUCGUGCGUCGGAUCAGUUAACGGCCGUCGAGGAGUCGGCCGAUGAUAACGAUAUCGUGUGUAUGGUUUGCGGCCAAAGUGUGUCCACUAAUAGUCCUGUCGAUGAUGUCGGGAACCACUCGUCGACGACCACAAAGUCUAAGACAGCGCCAGAACUGCAGAAGCAUUUGCUGACCACUCAUAAGGUUGUGAUCGCAGACAUCGACGCCAUCGGCGAAGACAUCGCGAAGUACUGCCGCUAUUGGCGACAGAAGUUGGCGGCCGUCGACUCGGAUGAAUGGAUCCACUUCUGCGCCACAAUCACCACAAACAGUGGUCCCAACGAUGUGUCGCCUCCGGAGACCUAUUAUAUGAUCGGCGGAUCCGCUCAACAGUUCCCCGAAGACACCGCACUUCGGGAGCGCCUGAAAGCCCAGCGCCUGACGCGAGUGCUCGAGCAGUGGGAACGGGAGCGCAACGACACCUCCUUUUCCCGUCAGUGCCUCUUCUGCCGCAAAGUCUUCACCGAAAACCGCGAGAAUCUGUUCCGCCAUCUGUCCGAUGACCACAACUUCCACGUGGGCUCAGCCGACAACAUCGUCUUCAGUGCGGAACUGCUGGACGUGUUGGAGGCGAAGGUGUCGCGCCUCCAGUGCCUGUACUGCGAGCGUACGUUCAGGUCGUGGGCUAUACUGAAGGAACACAUGCGGAAAAAGGGCCAUAAGAUGGUCGACCCGGACAACCGGCGCUACGAUAAGUACUAUUUGAUUAACUACUUGAGCCCCGAGAGGGACUGGCGUGCAGUGAAACGAGAGGUCGACGUGGAUGUAGGCGCUGAUGGCGGCGAUGAUGGUGACGACGACGAGGCGGUGGACGAGUGGAACGACUGGUCGGCACCGGGCGAUGAGGACAGGGAUCAGCGAUGCAUUUGCCUGUUCUGCGAGCUGUCGGCGCCCGUCGAUAGGCUUAAGCGGCACCUGAUGUCUGCGCACGGCUUCGAUAUGGAUGUGACGGUGCUGUCGAUGAAGGACUUCUACGCGCGCAUCAAAUGUGUUAAUUAUAUCCGACGGGCUGUCCAUCAGAACCGGUGCCAUAAGUGCGGCGAACAGUGCGCCGAUAGGUCGGCCCUCGCGGUGCACCUGGAGUUCAGCGGACACGCGGGUCAGGCGCCCGAUGCGUGCGAAUACGAUUCGCCCGACUAUUACUUCCCGACCUUCGAGAACGACAAUCUGUUGCACUUUCUGGAGGACAUGGACGCCGAUGGCGGCGAACGCGUGGCCGCAGAUAAUGACGUGCAAGAGGUCGGCGCCACUGAAUCGCCGCUUAAUUAG